AGAAAUGUAAAGAAUCAGAAAAGAAAGAAAGAGAGAGGAUCAACAAGUGGAUGUGUUUCAGAUACAACCGAACAUACGGCAGAAGAAGAAGAUAUCGUGGCAAAGUUGGACGUCACCUCCGAUAGAUUUGAUCCACUCCUGGAGCACUACUCCCCUGCAGCGCCUCUUCCAUACCCCAACGUGAAGUGCUCCAACAACAUUGCCGAGUAUGAGCGCUUUCUGAAGGGGGCCCGGGGCCGCGCCAAGGAGAAAAACGUGGAGAGAAAACGGAGGAAAUCCAGGAAAGGUGUAGCGGAUCCGGAGAGGAUAGAGAAACUGAAGAGGAUGAUGGUGAACAACCCGAUAGAGGGAGAGGAGGGUACCAGCGGCACUGCCCGGCGUUGAAGAAUGCACAAGAAUGUCCUGACAAGGAUGCUAAUCCAUACAGGAAGCCCUCUGAGGGAGCUGUACUGCUGCGUGGAGGAGAGGAUAAGGGUGAAAGUUCACAUCAGAACCUUUAAGGGGCUCCGUUGUGUGUGUUCUGGCUUCAUAGUGGCCUUCGACAAGUUCUGGAACUUGCAGGGGUGGCAACCUAGCCUGGAACUGGAAGCCAAUCUGUUUCUGUUCUCUUGCCAACUCCUUAUGGAGUUUCCAUGCCUAACAUGAGCAGAAGCAGACAGACUGGCACCCGGGCUAGUGCCAAAUCUCCAGGAAAGUUACUUGAUCAGAAGGUGCAACAAGCUGAAGCUUUACCAAGACUGACCCAUCAAUACCUACUACAGUAUCUACACUGGUUUAGACCAACAAGGAGUGAACCAUGAAGUCUCACUGCUACUGUAUAUCAUAUUGAUAUGUAUUCUCUGCUUUACGCAGACAAUAAGAAAUAAAACAAAUUACCAAGCUG